CUUCGUCGACAUUCUCAUACCCUCACCACGUCCUUCGUCUGCCUCUUACUUUUACUUUUUUAUAAACUUAUUUGUCUGGUCGGCUGAAUUGUGUCGUGUUUUUAAAAUUUGUGUACCCGGGACACACAUAACAUUUACUUUUAUUUCACUUUCUCAGGGAGCUUAUACCAAAGAGCUCUGCUCUUAUGGUUUCAAGACGAUCAUUUUUGUGGAUAAUCAUUUAAAUUAAUAAUUGUGUUAGUGCUGAAUGAUAAAAAAAAAAAAAAAAACAAUUAACCGUGCUUCUGAAAUGAAUCUUUUGAGGAAUUUCUGAAUAUUAAUUUAUAAAAUAACUGUAGACAAAUAAACAGGAUAUUAUACGGCUGAAAGUUUAAGCAAAAAAUCAGUGUGCAGUGCCGAUAUGUUGCUGAAGAGUGCGUUUCUGAUAUGCUGCGCCAUUGCCGCUGUAUUAGGCAAUAAAAAUGUCAAUUUGGAAAAUGGAAGUUAUGACAAUCAUGAAAAACACUCCAGAGUCAAUGAUUUUGCUCAAAGAAUUCAGAAAACAGGAUCCAAAGUUCAGGAAAUUGGGGUUGUGAAUCAGGACUUGGAUCCUAAUCACUCCUAUAGCAAUGAUAAUGACAAUAAACAGUUCAAUUUGAGUCCAAAAAGACAAGCACGAGUAGAGUUGGAAAACUUCAGUAAUACUGGAGUGAUUCAAGAGGAUGCGAAAAAAAAAAUUGAUACUUUCAAAAAUAAAAAUGAAAAAACAGAUAUCAAUAUUGAAGGAGUUCAAGUGAGCUCCGAAUAUCCAACAACAAUGAGGCCAAUUUUAACUACCGAACGUUCGUAUUCCCAGUCUUCGUAUGAUUUCGUUCCAGUUAAUUUAAUUCCAAAAGAUUACAAGGAAUCGUGGUCUCCAUACUCAAAUCGUAACUUUGAUUAUCUCAGUGACGUUAGUUUGGUCCCAGCUGGUUCAAAUUCUCGAAUUCAGAUAAAGAAAGGUCCUAAUGGAAAAGAUUACGAAUAUGAAUACGUAUAUUAUUAUUAUGAUGAAGAAGAUGAAUCAUCAAAAGGAAGCGCUUCGAAUAAUAAACAGGAAAGUAUUAGAACAGCACCGCCAUCAAGACGUGGAAGUAGUAAUAGUAAUAGAAGCAAAUAUAGUUCAGUUGAACGAACGUCGACAGCAGAACCAGUUGGUAAUGAGAUCAUUCCUAAAAAUGGUAAUCGAGGAAGAAACCUCGCCGAGAAUGAAGAAAUCUCUGAAGAACGAUUACCCACAAAUACACGAUUUCCCCCAAGGUCUAGAUCUAAUCACAAUACGGGAACAACAGAGACCACUCGCAGCCGCGGAAACCGUCCAAGACCAAACUUAGACCUUGUAGAUUCAAGCAGCUUCAGAACUCAUCAAGAAGGUCCAGAAUUCCCUCAAACGUUACCGAAAGGACCUGUAAGGUUUUUGGGUGUUACUCCAAAUGAAAACAAUGAAGCCAAAUAUGUUCCGACGCGGGAAAAUUCUCAAAAAGCUCAUGAACCAGCUCCCGUCGUUGAAUCCAUCAAUGACACGCCAUCUCACAGACGAAGACCUGUCAGUGAACCAGCGCUUGAAGCAGUAUAUAACAGUGAAAAACUCUCUCGACCACUUUCAAAAAGUGUUGAAGAGAAAUCAGAAUCAUCAUCAUUGCCAGCUCCCAAAGAUGAGAGAUAUAGUUACAUUAACGGCCGAUACAACUCGGAGCCACCAUCAGAAAUUACGACAACUGAUGCUACAACAACAAUGUAUCCAACUGCAAUGGACAAAGUGGCCCUCGAUCUGUAUGUGUUCCUUCAACAAGGUCAAAGCAACGCGAUCGAUGCUGCCACGGAAGAUGCCAACGAAAGCACUACCGUCAUUGAUGAAGAAUUUACUACAGAUACACCUACCACCACGGAAAAUGUUAAUCCACCCACAACAACUGAAGUAGUAACUUCUACAACUACCGAAGCUACAACUACAACAACCACUACAACAACGACUACCACAACACCCGCACCUACAACAGAAGCUACGACAACAACGACCCAAGCACCAGCCGGAAAAGGAAAAUUCAGAAGACCUGGCAUUCUUGGGAGCACGGGGACUAGAAAUCGCAAGAGCAAUGGAGUUAGUAGUACACCAGCAACUGAGCCUUCUCUUGUAGAAACAACCCAAAAAACUCGAGGCCGCUUUGGAUCCACAAAUGGAGGAGGUAAAAGACCUAAGUCAGGUUCUAAGCAACAAGAAGAGAAAAUUCAAAAAGAUAACAUCAAUGCUGUAAAUUCUGAAAAGGCACCACCUGGCCGUAACAGAUUCCGCAGCACCGUUUCCAAACCUACUGCCUCUACGACAUCCAGCCCCGUAACUACUUCGAGUUCGAGUGGUAUUCCAUCAGGUGUAUCGCGUCCUUCCUUUAAUAAAAUAAAUCUAAAUCGUCGUCGUAGUAGACCAACUACUCCAACGUCUACGACAAACGAAGAAACUAAGAACAACUCUGAAUCUCCGGCACCUGAUGAUACUCAAGAGUCAACCACACCUACAACAAAAGCGCCUUUGCGUCAAAAAUUUCCAGGUCUUAAUAACAGACCAGGAGGGUCUGCUCCUAGAGUUAAUCUUAGACGGCCUGGACGACCCACUACCACUACAACAACAGAAGAACCUAAGGCUAUUAUUGAAGAACCUGCUGGCGAAGGAACUGAAGAAGAAACACAAGAGACUCCUGCAGAAACCAGUCCACUUGCUCGUCUCACCACAGCCAAUCCAUUAAAUAAAUUGCGUUCAAAAAAUCGACUCCAAGUACAACCAAAAUCAACCACUCGUGCUCCAAUAAAUUCACCGAGACGAUCUCCCCUUCUUCCCCGUCGUAAAAUAACAGAAGCACCGAUUGUUGAAACCAGCCAAGAAAACUUGAUAUUAACGAAUAGCAGUGAACCAGCUAUUGUUGAUGCGGAGGUGACUGAACCGGUAUUGAUUGAAACUAGUACGGCGGCUAGCACAAAGCACGAAGAAACGAGAAGUUUUAAUGGACUACUGGCACCACGACGUAGGCUAACACCUCGACGACCUGGCCAAAUACUAAGUCGUGAAUAAACAGCAAAUUUAUUGUUAAUGCAAUAGAUAAUAUUAUUUUUAUUAAUAAUUAGAAUUAAUAAUUGAUAUCAGAGACAAUAACUGCAUAAAAAAAAGAUGAAUAAAAAAUUGCUUAAGCAGUAAGCUAGUCUUCAUGUAAGUGCACUUCCGAGAUAUUUGAAAGUGCCAUGUAGGGACAUGACGUAUGAUAACAUAAAUAAUCAAGUGAUUUAAUCCAAUAAUAAAUUCAUUGAACAAUAUAAAUAGAAAAUGAAGUAAAAGUUAUCUAUUUU